AGUUUCGAUUACCAAAAAAAACAAGAACAACAACAAACUAACAAAGUAAACACGUCUCAAGUCCUAUGCUGAGGGAGGAACAGAGAAGAUUCACAAGUAACAAGUUAACCAAUAUUUUUCCCAACCAAGGUCUUUGAUUCAUCAAAGCAACUUGAGGAAUUUCUGGGUGUAACAAUUUGGAAACACAUAUAAAGGCAAAAAAACAAGGAACUUUAGAUGGUCUCUUUCAAAGGGAGAGGAGAUAAGACUUUUUGGUCUUGAGGGUCCCUUUAGUUUGGUUUAUGUUCAUUGAAGGAGAAGAAUAAGAUUGCAUUAAGGCAAAGAGAGUAAUGUGGUUGUCAAAGAAUCAGUCAGAGAAGAAGGAUGGUGUGAAUGGAUUAGUAGCAGUGGCAAUAGAUAAAGAAAAAGGAAGCCAAAAUGCACUUAAAUGGGCCGUUGACAAUCUCCUCAUCAGAAGUGCAACUGUAAUUCUCAUCCAUGUCAAGCUUCUUGCACCUACUCUAUCAUCAUCACCUUCGCUUUUCGCCCCAAGGAUAAGUGCUCUCCUUGGUGAUGAUAGUUCACAGUUAAACAAAGAACCUGAAGGCCAAAACAAAAAUGUUUUCCUUCCAUAUCGAGUCUUCUGCACACGGAAAGAUAUUCAAUGCAAGGACGUCCUACUAGAAGAUGUAGAUAUAUCAAAAGCCUUAAUUGAAUAUGCUGCUCAGGCAGGAAUUGAGCAUCUGGUUCUUGGCUCCUCAACAAAAACCGGUUUGCUCAAAAGAUUCAAGGUGUCGGAUAUUCCAGGAAUAGUUUCGAAAGGGGCACCGGAUUUCUGUACAGUCUAUGUUAUUUCUAAAAGUAAGAUUCAAUCAAUGCGAUCGGCUUCUCGUCCUGCUCCGGCCGUUGUCCCUAACGAGACAUAUCGAGCUAGUGUCAGGUCAGACAAUUCAGAACCACAUUUGCCAAUGGCCAGAAGCAUGAGAGAACAAGAAACGCAUUUCUUUGAUGCUGCACCAGCACCACCGCGUAGAUCAAACGAUGGAACAGAUUCAUUCAGGUCACCAUUCACUAGGAAAGGUUACACUGGAAGACAAUAUGGGGACACUGCCAAGCCAGAUACUGACAUAUCCUUUGUAAGCUCUGGAAGGCCAAGCACAGAACGCUUGUUCCCUUCGUUAUAUAACUCAGAUACAGGAAUACCCAACCCUCGGCUAUCAUAUAGCUCAGAAUCUGAUUUAAACUUCAGCUUUGAGUCAAUGCAGUAUGGAAGGAAGUCUAUGGAAAUAAGCACUCCUCCUGAAUUCUCAUCUCUCUCAUUUGAGAGUGAGAGGCAUUCAUCUUCUACAUCACAAGCCGUGGAUGAUAUGGAGGCUGAAAUGAGAAGAUUAAAGUUGGAGCUGAAGCAAACAAUGGAAAUGUAUAACACAGCCUGUAAAGAAGCACUCACAGCACAGCAGAAGGCAGUGGAACUUCAGCAGUGGAAAUUAGAGGAAGAGAGGAGAUUGGAAGAGGCAAGGCUGGCUGAGGAAGCAGCAUUGGCUAUUGCAGAAAAGGAGAAAGCCAAGUCUAAAGCAGCCAUUGAGGCUGCUGAAGCACAGAAGAGGAUAGCAGAACUUGAAGCACAGAAGAGACUCAAUGCAGAAAUGAAAGCACUUAAAGAAUCAGAAGAGAAAAAAAAAGUACUUGAUGCUUUGGUAAAUGUAGAUAUCAGGUAUAGAAAAUACCCAAUUGAGGAUAUUGAAGCUGCAACAAAUUUUUUUUCAGCAUCCCUCAAAAUUGGAGAAGGGGGAUAUGGUCCAGUUUUUAAGUGCCAUUUGGAUCACACACCUGUUGCAGUCAAGGUUCUACGCCCUGAUGCAGCACAAGGAAGAUUACAGUUUAACCGAGAGGUUGAGGUGUUGAGCUGCAUACGGCAUCCAAACAUGGUUCUCCUCCUAGGAGCAUGUCCAGAAUAUGGAUGUCUGGUGUAUGAGUACAUGGCAAAUGGAAGCUUAGAAGAUUGCCUUUUUCGACGAGGCAACACUCCCCCACUUAGUUGGCAGCUAAGGUUCAAAAUAGCAGCUGAAAUAGGCACAGGAUUGUUGUUCCUGCACCAGACAAAACCAGAACCUCUGGUGCACAGGGACUUAAAACCAGCCAACAUAUUGCUUGACAGAAACUAUGUGGCCAAGAUCAGCGAUGUAGGUCUGGCCAGGCUAGUUCCACCAUCUGUGGCGGACACCGUGACGCAGUAUCGCAUGACAUCGACGGCAGGAACCUUCUGCUACAUAGAUCCUGAGUACCAGCAGACAGGUAUGCUAGGAGUAAAGUCAGACAUAUACUCCCUUGGCAUCAUUUUUUUGCAAAUUUUGACAGCAAAGGCACCAAUGGGUUUGACCCAUCAAGUUCAAAAGGCCAUUGAGAAGGGAACUUUUGGUGACAUGUUGGAUCCAUCACUCACUGACUGGCCUGUGGACGAGGCCUUGAAGUUGGCUAAGUUGGGAGUGCAGUGUGCCGAGUUAAGGCGCAAAGACAGACCUGAUCUUGCCAAGGUUAUCCUACCAGAACUCAACAGGCUAAGAAACCUUGCUGAAGAUGACAAUCUUCUUUCAGUUUUGGGUGACAAAAAAACUGUCAAGCAUGAGAGACAAGUUUCUGUGCAGUUGGAUGGAGGGUGCCCUCCAUUUCAUCACUCAGGCGCAGACUCGUCAGUCAAUUACUGGACAACAUCCAGUUGAACUAAAGAACAAAAUAGGUUCAAUUGAUUCAUUUUCAGGAUUAAGUGUAAAAUACUUAGGAGGAUUGAUGUUAGCAUGCUUGAUUUUCUCAUUGUGCCCCCCUCCUUUAUUCAAAUUUAGAUUGCACCAAAAGUGUAGCCCUUUUUGAGCUAGUUUUUCACCAUGCAAUAGAAAGUGGGGUCGAUGCCUAAUACGGUCCUAAACAAAAGGAUAAUUCAUGUAUAGAAAUACAAUAUUUUUACGAUACCA